CGAAUCAUUCUCGAUCGGACUAAAGUUUCAAUAGUGGACCACGACAGCUAAGUUGAUUCGACAUUCACAGUUUCACAUUGUCUACUGGAGCUGGCUGGCAGUGUGCAACAAAUCAAGUUGUUUGACAAUAAUAUUCAAAUUCUUCAAUCGUCAUGACCUGCACAAUAUCAAUAUUAAAACAACUGCACGAGAGACUGUUGUCUACCAAGAUAGCCACUGCUGGUGAUUUAUAUGGGUUAGUGGACAGUGCUGGAAACUUGACAGUUCUCAAUGCAACAUUCCAACCAUCACUUCUCCCCCAUGACUGCUGCCACUUGUUGCCUGCGCCUGUGACUUUACUUGGCACCUACGUUCGCCAAGGACGGGAUGAAGACCCAAAUCCUGAAGAUAAACUACUGAUGACAGUCGGGCGAGAAGAUAUAUCCGUUCAGCUGAGAGAAAAUUCUUCCUCCCCUUGGGAAGAUGCCAACUUGAGCAUCAUUUCGCAGGAGCAGUUUGAAAACUCCAUCAUUGCCUGCAGAGUUAGUCUACAGCUUGAUAUUCCCAGAGAGACUGACAGUUUGGACGUUUUUCUGUCACGAAUUUCAACCACAAGAUUCCAAUUGAAGGAUUCUGAACUGGUUCUUAGAGCUGCCGACGGUGACUCGAGCGGUGUAGUGUCAUAUGGGGUAGGAUUGUCAUCUGCCGGGCAAUGCUUUGGUGAUGUGCUGGGUGGGCAACCUGUCAAGUUCGGCUACAGGCCUGUUGAGAGCGUUGUGUUUGAUGCCCUGAUGGAUAGUGAAGAGGUGAAUGGAGGACGUCUUCAAGGAGAGUGCGUUUCGUACGCCUUUCGUUCACAGAGCGCCAGUGAGGUCGGAACCAUGCUCUUGUCUUCAUUGCAGCGCCAGCUGAAGUUGGCUCAGUACUGGUUUGUUGAUAGGAAAGUUAAGGGAACAUUAGAAACUCUGACAGCACUACCUUACAAAGUUGGGCAUUUGCUCAGUCUCCAAUAUCCAGAAGAAAUGAGCGAUGAUGAUUUGCAGGACUAUAGACUAAACGUCAACAAAGUGUUUCUGCUUCCACCAUGUCCUUUCGUGAGUCGCAAAAAUGCUUACGAAUUUGCCGACCUAAAAUCCAGUUACCAUUUGUACAAUACGCAUGUGGGCCUGAAACCCACUUCUGUGAAGGGCCUAACAGGUAUUGUUCAAGGUAUCUACAGCUAUCAUCACUAUAUGCAAGAUAAAUUCAAUGACAACAAAUGGGGAUGCGCUUACCGAUCUCUUCAAACUAUCGUGUCAUGGUUCAGGCACCAAGGCUUUAGUAAUAAACCUGUGCCAUCUCACGAGGAAAUCCAAAAAUGUCUUGUUGAUUUGGGAGACAAACCAUCCAAAUUCAUCGGAUCAACUGACUGGAUUGGUUCCACAGAAGUUGGAUUCGUACUUGAAUCGUAUUUGGGCGUCACUAGUAAAGUAAUUAGCGUGUCAAGUGGCGACGAACUGUCGGAGAAAGGAAGAGAGCUUGUUCAACAUUUCAACACCCAAGGCACGCCUGUUAUGAUCGGAGGUGGCGUCUUGGCUCACACAAUCUUAGGAGUCUCAUUCGACCCAUCAUCUGGGGACAUCGAAUAUCUCAUCCUAGACCCGCAUUAUACCGGCAGUGAAGAUCUUACCGUAAUUCAGAAACAAGGAUGGUGCGGAUGGAAAGGCCCCAAGUUUUGGAAUGCUAAAGCUUACUAUAAUCUUUGUUUGCCGCAGAGACCAAAAGUAGUGUAGUAUCCACUUGGCUUCGCUGGAAGCGUUUUUUCUACUUUUCUUACUCUUUAAUCUAGCAUGCUGCUGAAAUUCAUCCUUGGACGUAUUGAAUUUGCGAGUAUACUUUUAUUGUUCUUCGGAGUAUUUCAUAUUUAUACUUCUGAAACACAAAUCCGCGUCUCAAGUGGGAACAACAUGCAGAGUUGCUCGGCAUCACGCUCUUCCUGCGCACGGAAUGUUCUAGUACAGGCAUUCAAGUUGAAAUAUGUUUCUUUUUCUAAUCCAAUGGCCAUUGUUAGGCGAGAAGCUGACAUUGUCCUUAAAUUUAUUUUAUUGAUUAUAAACUGAAUAGUUGUGGGACCAUAAUUGUGUGAUAUCCCGUAUUCACUAAUUCAAUUUUAAUUACUCCAUGCAUUUAGUGUUACAAGGGGUUACUUGGUGUGUUUAUCUUGGUAAUAAAAUGGUUACAAUUCUUA